GCCGCUGCUACACUACCGCGGCCACUGGCGCCACGACAACAGCAAUAGCUGAGACCAACAGCAGCUGCACGAACUGGUUCCUCGUAGCGGCAGCGGCGCUUCCCGCGCCGGUCCUGUCUGUGUCCGACUGGGUUGAGAUGUGCGUGUGCCGAAGCGUCGUGUGAAGAGUGACGAGAGUGGUGUACUCGAGGGUUCGUUGUGUGAUUGCUGGCCCAUCCAUAGGCCAGUGGCUGUGCGCCGCGCGCGUCUCUGCUGUGUGACCGGGUGGCUGCCUGCCUGACUGACAGCGCUGGUUGGCUGGGUACGACCGGCUGCCGGCCUGAAACUGCUGUUCGAUGGCCUGUUGGCCGUCGUGGUGGCGAGUGUUGCUGACGGUGGUAACUGCAAGCGAAAAGCAGGCGCGGGGCGAAACGAAGGGAGUACAGCGCUGGGGUAGUGGAGUGCGUGGCAGUGCUGCUGCUGCCAUUGGCGCAGGGCAGGAGCUACAGUGGUGUUGGCUGACUGGCUGGCGGCGCCAGUGCUGACUGAGUGGGCUCUCGUGGAGGCGCCUAGGACAACAACACAAAGAAAGGAUCCAUGUAGGACGACACAACGCGACACACACGCGGAUAGUAGAGAGCGAACGAACAGGGGACUACGACACGGGUGAAACACAGAAACGCUCUCGAGCCAGUAGCCCUCAGAAAGCUUUCACUACUACAACAAUCACUAUUACUAGUGCUAUUCGUGGGUGUGUGUGUCUUGUUGUUGUAGUGAAACGAUGUCGAUAACAAACACGUACUAGCUUCCUCCGCCACGGCAACAACAUACGAUUGACUGACUAACUGACAACUUACUUGCAGAUGUUGACUGGUCAGGCUGAGACCCUGUUCGAAUCGUCCAAAUACGACAAUACUGUUAUCGGGCAGUGUACUAAGGUGGACGACGAUGGUAAAAGAAAUCGCAGUUAGUCGGAGCUCCCAUCUUUCCCACUUCUUUAUUAAAGAUAGAAGAAACAAGAAAAGGGGCGACGAUCCUGAUAAAGUGGUUUCAUCAGCCUGCUGAUUCACCGCGGACUGAUUGAUCCUUGCACCUUCUUUAUUUACAGCAGAGAACGCAGAUAGAAUAGACGGCCAAUAGCCAUCGGAAGCGCAAAAACAAUGACAGUCAAUACCUCCGUUUGACUUCAUUCGCCGAUCUGAUUAGCAAACUACUUAAACUUAGUAAAAUGAAACAAAAAAUAAAGAGAAACCGUCAAGUGGAAAUCAACAGAGGCGAAGUGUGACAGUGUCCGCGCGCGAGAGCACGUCUUAUACUGCUGCUUACCUGGGGGUUUGUCAGAUGUCGACAACUGGCUUUUUUUUUUCAGACUGAGUAACAGCUGCGACAGCUGUAGCGCUAAUGGUAAUCGUUUAGUGGUCCUGUUGUGGAGAGUUGGGUGUUCAUCGCUUUAACAGGUGACUCUCACCGGAGGUGGGGUCGAGAAGUGGAUAAUAAUAAUGCCGACGACAAUGAUUCGAAUCAUUUCGAUAGUGUAGGUGGCGAUGUACCUCUGCUGAUUAGUAAAUGUUCAUGUGUGUUUCGAGCGUGCUGUCUUAAAGGAGCGAUUACGUAUCCGUUUAUCUGUGCCUGUGGUCAGAAGUGUUUGUUCUGUGCGUGUGUGCAAUGGUGUGGCUGUUUCUCUAUUUAGAACAUGGUCUGUAGGGCAGUCGACUCGCGCGUGCUGGCAGAACUACGCCGGUCAACAAUAACGAGACCCCUGUAUCAAUAACGACAACGUCAAUAGCAAAAGACAAGGACGAAGUGGACGCGAUUCGUUCCGUGCGGUGAACGUGCAACGUAACACACACGAAACGUUGUUUGCAGAAACUGUCUGUGCUGGUAGUGCGUUUUAAGUUCGGAACGAAUUACCAGUAGAUUUCUGGAGUACGUACAAACAGCGAGAUUGUCUGUAUGGUAUUGUACGGAACAAUAGAAGAUGGGCAACGUAACGUGCUUCUUAUUGUCUCCCGGAAGUGAGUACAUAAUGAGCGUACAGUGUGAUUGAGUGACGUGUUGACAAUAACGCGAGCCCAUAAAACGGGAGGCCACAACGUGCGUCCAAAUCCAUUGCGUGUAAGUUAAGGUGGCGGAGCUACUUGUGAAAACGGACGGACGGAUGGCAGUGAAAGUGGCAUAGGUGGUGAAUUGAAGACAGUGUGUCGACCAUACGUGCUGCUAUCUGCUGCUGCUGCUGCUGCUGCUGCUACCGCUUCCAACAACGAUACCAGCUGCAGUGCUGCCGUUGCUGCCGGUGGUUUGCUGGUCACUUCGCUGGCUGGCUGACUGGACCCCCUCGUACGUCGUAGGGAGGAGGGCGGGCGCCAGGGGUGCCCGCAAGAGGCGCGGGCGUUGUGGCGUGUGUGGCGCUCGGCACCACCCUGGGGAGCCUGGUUGAGUGGGGAGGCGGCGGCGUCGGCGGCGGGGAACAACUUGGUACAGGCCCCUUGGGUUCUCACGCGGGCCCGCCACAGCCGCUGGGUGGGCCCCCGCACCCGCACGGUCCACACGGACAUCAUACCUCGCGGGAACUUCGCUUUGACGGGUUAGACUCGCCCGGCCAACCGCUAAGUCCCCUGCGGGAGACCCUCCGCGAGUCUCUCCGGGACCCGCUGAGGGAUCGGGCACCCCCGCAGACCACCGAAGGUGGCCCAAAUCCCCUCAAUACACAACAGCACGGUCAGCAACAAGAGCUGCUAGGCGGCAAGCUGGAGCUUCUCGUAAAUCUCCAUGGGGACAUGAACGACCGCCAAAGUCAAAUUUGUAUGGCGGAGCGUCGCGUUGGGGGCGUCGGAUCCGGGGGCGGCGGAGCCCGUUCCCAAUGUGCCGGUUGUGGAUCGGCUAUCCGAGAUCCGUACAUCCUUCGGGUAAGUCCCGAUCUCGAAUGGCAUGCCGGCUGUCUGCGAUGCGCCGAGUGCGCGCGUUUCCUCGACGAAAGUUGCACCUGCUUCGUACGCGACGGAAAGACCUACUGCAAGAGCGACUAUCACAGGUUAUUCGGUGCGAAGUGCUCAAAGUGCGGUCAAGGCUUCAGUCGUAGCGACUUCGUUAUGCGCGCGCGGGGCAAGAUCUUCCAUAUCGACUGCUUCCGCUGCAUCGCUUGUUCGCGACAGCUUAUUCCUGGUGAUGAGUUCGCGAUUCGGGAGGAUGAGCUGUUCUGCAAGGCGGACCACGACGUCCUCGGGGUGGGCGGUUUGGUCGGGGUUGGAGUGGGCGUGGGAAUCGGCCUGGGAGCGGGUCUCGGCGGCGGCGGACCUGGUGGUCUAGUGGGGGUGGUAGGGGUUGUAGGGGGGGCAACGACUGGUGGUGCCGAAAUGAAGCAGGAAACGCCAGACCAGUCGCCCCUGCCAUUGUCGCCGGCGAAAGGCGCGUCCCAAAGCGCAGGAGGUGCCCAAACGCCCAAUGGGACCGCCAACCCAAAUGGGGGCGGUAGCGGUGGACCUAAUGGUAGCAGCACUCCAGUAAACAGCCAGCUAAGCAGCUUGAGCAACGACCUGGCCAGCCAAUACUACUCGGAUGACUCCACGCACGGCUCCUCGGUAGUCUACUCUUCAGUAAAGAGCGAACUGACGGACGCGGUCCAAUCGGUGGGUGGCCCCCGGGGCGGAGGUGGCGGUGUUGUCGUCGGAUCGAUAUCGUCCGUUGGGGGGCCGCCCUCGGCCGGCGGAGGGCAUGGCGGCGCGGGCGGCGGCGGCAACAAUAACGGCGUCGUCGGCGCCGGGGGCGCUGUCCGGUCUCAGGGGCACAAAAGCGGUCGGAACGGCGGCGGGGAACACAAGCCGACCAGGGUGCGAACCGUGCUCAACGAGAAGCAGCUCCACACCCUGCGGACCUGCUAUGCUGCUAACCCGAGGCCGGACGCCCUGAUGAAGGAGCAGCUCGUCGAGAUGACAGGCCUGUCCCCCCGGGUGAUCAGGGUCUGGUUUCAGAACAAGAGGUGCAAGGACAAAAAGCGCUCCAUCAUGAUCAAGCAGAUGCAGCAAAGCGAAAAGGACGGCCGUCAGCUGAGCCUGGGAGCCCUGCGUGGAGUGCCGAUGGUCGCCACAUCUCCCGUUCGCCACGAGCCCGGCCAAGGCCCGCUCGGGCAGGCGCUCGAUAUUCAUAGCUACCAGGCGCCCUGGAAAACUCUUUCAGACUACGCCGUCAAUCACCCUGACUCCGACUUCGAUCCCAAUAGUCCGCAAUUUAGACAACUUGUUAACCAGAUGCAUGGUUACGAUCCCUCCGGGCCGGUGGCGAUGUCUCUCGAUUCAAGCCACACUUAUCUGGCAGGAUUGGACGAUUCAACGUGCCAUCUGCUUCCGCGUUCGCCCUCGGAAAUGUCAUCCACCACUAGCGACUAGCCUACAGCUGCAGCUCUACAUGCGCCCCUACUAUCUUUACUACGACAGUCCACUAAUCGGGCAACUGCACUACCUAUUGCACAACAACAGCAACAUCAUGAACAUCAAAUAUCGCAUUAUAACAACAACAACAAUAGGGCAUCUUCCUCACCGUCGCCGACGGACGUCGCCACGCUAGCGUCGCUUUGCAAAACACUUUCAACUAUUCCUGCUGCUAUUACUGCUGGUACUUUGAAUAUCGUUCCUGUCCUUCGUCCUGCAACAUCAGCAUCGAUUGGUCAUUGCGAUGGUGAUGCUGUCGAUGAUGACGAUGACGCAGUUAACGACGGCGAAAGACCACCAUCGACUGAAACAGCGGCGCCUGAAUUGACCGCCGUUCAGCAUCGUGGCAGUCGAAGAAGCCGCGGGACUCGAGGCAUUCGUGGACUUCAUGGGGCUCGUGGAGUUCGUGGACACCGUCACAGCGGAUCUAGUGGUCAUCAGGCGACGGCAAUCCAAGUGGCAAAACGAACCGGCGGCCGGAGAGGUAGACGAGGCAACGAUUAAUUAAACAACCGGGUUCGAAGUAAGUUCGGAAGGCAAUGACCCAACCAGCUUAUAUAUCAUUCGGAAAAGGAAGCUACGUACACUGAAUGGAUAGAUCAGAUGAACGACGAAAAUGCAAGCCAAUGAAAGAAAGCUAUUAGAAUGAAAGGCAGAGAAUUUCGUGAUCGACUAACGACCAACCAUAGAUCACAUACGACACGGUGGUGCCGGGAAAAAUCAGUAGGAAAGUAAUGCUUCUGCCACUACUGAGAAUUAUAUGAGGAAAUAAUAAUACUGAUCAUAAUAACAAUAAUAACGAUAGUAAUAAUAAUAAACAAUAGUAGUUAUAAUAACACUAUUCAGUGUGGCAUUUUUCCUCAAAAAUAGUAUCGGGUAAUGACCCGGCCAUCGGAAGGUUUGGGGGACAUUGUUUCUGAUGACUACGUCCGCGGUCCGGAAUAACGAGUAAAACUGUGAAGAUGUCGAUAAUGAAUGGACGGUGAUGGCGAUGGCGAUGCUGUACAGAUGUACAGAGACAAUAAAACACGAAGCAUCUUGUUCCGUAAACGCAACCAGCAAUGGCGUCGUAAAGGAUAAUGAGGCAUAAGCAAUCUGUGAUCCGGGAUGGUGAUGAUGGAAUAAGGCUAGCGCAAUGGGGCUUGAGACUGAAACUGAACUACAGAAACUAACUGGCGGGUACCAGAAGCUCGGAUGAAGUUUACCGCCAGAGAAAAUCAACGGUAAAAAGAUACCUAGGAGAGAAAGACUUAUAGCGAUGUCGAUGAAAACCACAAAACUGCUGACAUGAAGCCGAACCUGGCGGCCAUCGGACCAUUACUGCAACUAUAAUUGUAGCAGAAGUGACUUCAAUAUGAGAACAGGCAAAAACUUGCUAUGAAAAGAAAAAGAUCAAUAGAAAAAGGAGAGAACCAAGGAAAAGAUAUUCCUAACAAUGUACUUAAUAUAUUAUAUAUAAAUAUAAACAAAUAGAUAAAUAUGGUGAGGCGAUAUAUAUAUAUAUAUACAUACAGGGAACGAGAGAGAGAGAGAGAGAGACUCACAAAUUAUUGGGGCUCUUGUCAAAUAUAGCUACCCGGACAGCACUAACUAUCCAGCGAUUCAACAUCGGAGGAAGCAGAUAAGUGGUGAUCGUCGAUCAAUUGUGGUACACUUAAGAGUAGAAAUAAACGCUUAUUAUAGCUCAUAUUAUUAUGAUAUAAUCUAAAGGGAAAAAAUAAUUAGGUGGGCAUUGCCGUAAGCACUUGUGUGCAUUGGUCCGCGCACGUUCGUUAGUACCAUACGUUCCGAUUCAAACCAAAGUUAUCAACGUUGGUAGUAUGAUGAUCACAUAUGAAACAGUCAACAUCUGCCUUCUCUGUAUGUGUAUGUGCGUGUACAUAGCUGAAUCACGAAGGUCCAUAAUGAAAAGACAACAUUUGUCAUCUAGACUUGCUAAGCGGGCAAGCUGCAUUUUGUGUACAUAAAAAAUUAAUAGCCUAGAGGAAAGAUUAUACCGUUUGGGCAAAAGGAAGUAAAGAUUGGUGGUUAAUGGGUGUGUACUAGAAAGAGCAAACGGACAUAACCAAGGAAAUGUCAAUCAAUUACAAGAAUACGAUGAGGGUGCGUCAGGUGACAGGUGAACUUGAAAUAGAAAUUAAAAACGGAAUAAUGAGAAACCUCGAUUUGUCGCGUCACUCUGAACCUCAAUUAAAGUACCGGUAUUCGAAAUCUCUUACCACAUAGACGCGUAUUCUAAAACGCCAAAGAUGCGCCUGGUGGUUAAUGGAGGGAUAUCGGCACUGAGUUGAUACGGACGAAAGACGCUUGAAGCGAUGGCAAAUCGAGGCAGAUGAAAAAAUCGCGAAGAUCAAACAAGAGAGAGUGACCAGGUAAAACGAGGUUUGGGCAAAGAUGAGAACGAUAGUAUCGUGUAUUUGUAGAGUAUGUAAAGACGGUCAAUGGUGUGGUCCCAGUGAUUGGAAUAUUAAGGAAGUUCUAGACAAAGGGUCAGCCACAAGCUGAGAGUGCAUUUCACAACUUGUACCGAUUCACACAUUGUCAUUGACACUGUCGGGAUUGAGAUUGUAACAUCAGUAGUCGUCGGUCCUGAGCAGUCGCCAGAUCGGAUGGCAAAUGAGUAAGGAAGAGAGAAUUCCGAUUCUGGCGGAUCAACCAGGUUCGACAUUAAUCUUAAAUCAUGAUGAUUAAGAAGAAUAAACUGAUUGUGGUU